AGAAAGUAUAAAAUUUUGAUUUAUUUUGGAGAUGACAUUAAGGUAAAAAUCGAAGGUUUGAGAGAAGGAGAAGGAGAAGGAGAAGGGAGCGUGAUCCUAGCAGAGGAAGGCGCGAGCGAAUCGAGGGAAAUGAUACACUUUGUGCUACUCAUUAGUCGUCAGGGGAAGGUCAGGCUCACAAAAUGGUAUUCUCCUUACUCGCAGAAGGAAAGAAAUAAGGCUAUCCGUGAGAUUAGUGGCAUGGUUCUUUCACGUGCUCCCAAGCUCUGUAAUUUUGUAGAAUGGCGGGGACAUAAAAUUGUUUAUAAAAGGUAUGCUAGUCUUUAUUUCUGCAUGUGUAUUGAUGAAGAGGACAACGAAUUAGAAGUCCUUGAAAUAAUUCAUCAUUUUGUAGAGAUUCUUGAUCGGUAUUUUGGCAGUGUCUGUGAACUGGACUUGAUAUUCAAUUUCCACAAGGCCUAUUAUAUACUGGAUGAACUUCUAAUUGCCGGUGAGCUUCAGGAGUCAAGCAAGAAAACUAUUGCACGGUUAAUAGCUGCACAGGAUUCAUUGGUGGAGACUGCCAAGGAGGAAGCCAGUUCAAUAAGUAAUAUAAUUGCCCAAGCCACUAAGUGAGGAAAUCCCAUGUUCCAUUUGGCAUUUUGGGGCAUGGAGCCCUGUUUUUAUUUCUGUUAUGUUGAAUGCUUGAUUUCCUCUCCUUGAUUCUGUUUUCUGUGGUGCAAUAGAAAGGGACAUAAACCAAUUGUGUUUGUUAACAGGAACAUACGAUCUUCUUUAUCUGAAUUCUAAGGUUGGCAAUUUCAUA